AUGUUGUAAAAGAAAGAAUUCCGAUUCAUAUUUAUGAUGGACAGUUAUGAUGAAAUGAAGCUAGAGAAUAUUUAGAAAAAUUUAUACAUUAAUAAUAAGUUCAAAUAAAAUUGGUCAGACCCUCUUAUUAUUUUUACCACUAGAAGUGACAUUUUUACUAGCAGCAAUUAUGCCGACUGGUUUGCGCCUGAAGAAAAAUAGAAAUUUAAAGAAAUCUAGCUUCUUCAAUUUGAAUAGAGUUAAAAAUAAGAAUAUCUUAAGAAAUUUACAAUUUAAAGAAUAAAAAUGUUAAUUUUUGAUAUUCAUGAAUGGUAAGUAUAAACUUAAAACCAAAAAGCUCUGGAUUUUAAAAAGUUUGAAUAGAGUUGGGAAAAGAUUUAGACAUCAUUUUUGAAAUUCGAUGAAGCAAGGUGGAAAUCUGAGACUCUUUUGAAUGAAAAAUAAAUAAUUAGUAUUUUAUAAUUUUUCAAGGAUGAUGAGUUAAUUGCUUUAAAAAGCAAUGAAGUAUAAGAAGCUUGA